CGUGCAGGGAGGGCCAGAGUGAGAGUGCUCUGCCGUUCCUGGCCAUGUUGGCCAGCAGCACCAGCGAGGAGAUGGAACUGCAGCUCCAGGAGCGUGUGACGUCUUCCCAUCAGGCCAUGUCCGGCACCGCCGACGUCUUCGAGAAGCUCCGGCUCAGGAUCGACCAGCUGGCCGAGUGGGUCAGCAGCAAGGGUUCGCCCCGGCUGGAGGAUACCCUGAGGGAGCUGAACGCGCUCCUCUCGAAGGAGAAUCAGAGGCUCCUGGAGCUGACAGACUGCCUGCGGGAGAAACAUCGCAAGAUGUCACAAGAGUUCUCGGAGCUCCAGGGGAAGCUCGAGGAGGCAGAGAGUCGCCUGUCAGACAUGCAGACCACAAUCGAGGACCUGCAGUGGGACACUGACAAGAUUCGCAAACGGGAGCAGAGACUCAACAGGCAUCUGGCGGAGGUGCUCGAGCGGGUCAAAUCAAAAGGUUACAAAGUCUAUGGAGGAUCGAGUAAUCUGUACGGUGGGACUGUGACCAUCAACGCGCGAAAGUUUGAAGAAAUGAAUUGUGACCUGGAAGAGAACAAGGAGUUAGCGUUGAACCGUCUCUCGGAGCUAGAGAAGAUGCGGCAGGAUCUCCAGAUGGUUACUGGUGACAACGAGAAGCUGAGGGAUCAGUUGAAGUCUCUUGCCAAUGAGAUGGUAAAGGAUUCCCCGGAGUUCCGUUGCCUGCAAUCCCAGUUCUCUGUGCUGUACAAUGAGAGCCUGCAGCUCAAGGCCCAGAUGGACGAUGCCCGGAGCCUGCUCUUCACCACCCGCACCACACACCAACGGCAAGUGGAGCAGAUGGAGGGCGAUGAGGUAGGCCUGCAGAAGAAGCUGCGCACUGAAGUGAUGCAGCUGGAGGACACGCUGGCCCAGGUCCGGAAAGAGUACGAGAUGCUGCGAAUCGAAUUUGAGCAGACCCUCGCCGCCAACGAGCAAGCCGGGCCCAUCAACCGGGAGAUGCGUCACCUGAUCAGCAGCCUACAGAACCACAACCAUCAGCUGAAGGGUGAUGUCCAACGUUACAAACGGCGGCUGCGAGACAGUCAUACCGAGCUGGCCAAGGUGCGCAGGAAAGUCUGGGACACCCACAGCGAGCUGGGCCUGGUCCGGUCGCGGGGAUCCGGCGGGACGCAGACACAGGCUGGGGCUGAGCUUGUCAAGGAGGAAGGCCCGGAUGUCAAACAGGAGCCCGAGGACAGCAGCAGCAAGAGGGAGAAAGAGGAGGCCGACGCGGCUAAGCAACGCAAGCAGCAGCAGCAACAGCAGGAAGAGGAGAAGGAGAAAGAGAAAGAGAGGGAGCGAGAGAGGCGCGAGAAGGAGAGAGAGAGGGCCAGGGAGAAGGGGCGGGAGAAGGACGCUGAGAAAGAACGGGAGAAGGACAAGGUGGAGAAGGAGAGGGAGAGGAGCAAACCUGAAGACGCCAAGAAAAAGGAGGCGGAGAUGGUCAAACAGCUCCGAGGGGAACUGAAGAGAGCGCAGGAGAGUCAGAAGGAGAUGAAACUCCUGUUGGACAUGUACCGCUCAUCACCAAAAGAGCAGAGAGACAAAGUCCAGCUGAUGGCAUCGGAGAAGAGAGCGAAAGCGGAGGUGAGCCCCAGAGGGUGGGCAGGUGAUGGAGGAGGGUCAGGGUGAAGGUUUGGAAAAGGGCUGCCAGGGCAUCCCAUUGCCCGGAGUCAGUGAUCCGAGGGAGGUGGACGUUCAUUGAUCUGUUAGCUCUCAGGACAAGGGGCCUUGGGAGUCUGGUAGUGAGAGAUUUCUCCUGCAGCUGUUUUUGGUGAGAAACACGUCCUGAGACAAUCUGACCAGUGUCUGUCUCUGUGGAAGGAGGCACGUCCCUCAGAAAAGAUGCAACUCAACAGGCUGGGUUCCUGUGAUGAUAGGGCUGUCCAAAGAAUAAGAGGCCAUUGUGUUCAAACACAGAGAGUUCCUGUCAGGAUCGGUGCAGAGAAUCUGUGUGCUCUCUGGCUCAGGCUUCGGUUCCCUCUCUCUCCCCCUCUUCUCCAAGGCCAAUCAGAACAAAUGGAGGGUCGGCUGUGUCAGACAGAAAUGAGAAAGUGAUUCUCCACUCAAAAGGUGGUGAUCCUUUGGGAAUGGUCUGCCGCUGUAGGAUAAUGGCAUCUCAGCCGUUAUGUUCAAGGAGGAAAUAGAGAAAUUCCUGGGAAUAGAGAGAAAGAGAGAGAGACAGUCUGUCUAUCAGAACCCUGUC